CAACCUAACUGUCAAGCCCGCGUCAAUGCAGACUUGAUAGCAAACUAACACUUCCGGUGGGGACGUUCAAAAUAAACCUUUCAAAAAGGCAGUUGUGUAAAAUAAAACACGCUGCACGGUGGCUCCGGGAUUAGGAAUAUUAUGCUCGAAGAAGGCGACUCGUGGUUAUUUAGUACCUACCAUAGAAUGUGAUAAAAGAUAUAUAUAUAUAUAUAUAUAUAACGUUAUAUCUUCACCCAAUGGGAAAAGGGAAUACGCCUUGAAGCGUUAACUCUGCUAAAAUAAAAAUCAUAGAAGAAGAAGUUCAAGAAAAGUCUGUUGCUCACUGCACUGUUUUUGUUUUUCUUUACCGACACACAAAAAGACUCUUUCAAAACAACAAAAGUGACUGACAAAGAAGAGGAGCGGCUGCUACACGUUUUCCCAAAAUGAAGCUUAACAUCGAGGGUCUGCUGGUGUAUUUUCCGUAUGACUACAUAUAUCCUGAGCAGUACUCCUACAUGCUGGAGCUGAAGAGGACACUGGAUGCUAAGGGUCAUGGAGUCCUGGAGAUGCCAUCAGGAACAGGAAAGACCAUCUCUCUGCUGUCUCUCAUUGUUGCCUACCAAAAGGCCUUUCCUUUGGAAGUGACCAAGCUAAUAUACUGCUCCCGAACAGUUCCAGAGAUCGAGAAAGUCGUGGAGGAGCUGAGGAAGUUGAUGGAGUUUUAUUGCAAGCAAACUGGAGAGAGCAACAACUUCCUGGCUCUGGCUCUUUCCUCCAGAAAAAACCUCUGCAUCCACCCGGAGGUGAGCUCUCUGCGGUUCGGUAAGGAGGUUGAUGGGAAGUGCCACAGUCUGACAGCAUCGUACAUUCGUGCACAGCGCCACAGCAGCCCCGACCUGCCUGUGUGUCGCUUCUAUGAGGAGUUUGACGCGGUCGGCCGACAGGUGCCUCUUCCCGCUGGCGUCUACAACCUCGACGACCUGAAGGACUUUGGUCGGAGGAAAGGCUGGUGUCCUUACUAUCUGGCACGCUACUCAAUUCUGCACGCCAACAUCGUGGUGUACAGCUACCACUACCUGCUGGACCCCAAGAUAGCUGACCUGGUGUCCAAAGAGCUGGCCAAGAAGUCUGUAGUGGUCUUUGAUGAGGCUCAUAACAUAGACAACGUGUGCAUCGACUCCAUGAGUGUGAACAUCACCAGACGAACACUUGACCGCUGCCAGAACAACGUGGACACACUUCAGAACACCAUACAAAAGAUAAAGGAUACAGACGCUGCUAAACUGAAGAUGGAGUACAGGCGAUUGGUGGAGGGGCUGAAGGAAGCCAAUGUUGCCAGGGAAACCGACAUCUACCUCUCAAAUCCUGUGUUACCAGAUGAAAUUCUUAAAGAGGCGGUGCCCGGUACUAUUCGCACAGCAGAGCACUUUGUUGGUUUCCUGAGACGUUUCCUGGAGUAUCUCAAGUCCCGUCUGAGGGUCCAACAUGUCGUACAGGAGAGCACCCCGCAGUUCCUCAAAGACAUCUUCGACAAAGUCUGCAUCGACCGAAAGCCUCUCAGGUUUUGUGCAGAGCGCUUACAGUCGUUGCUACGAACUCUGGAGAUCGCCGACAUCGCAGACUUCUCAGCUGUUACUCUCAUCUCCAACUUUGCUACCCUGGUCAGCACCUACAGCCAAGGUUUUACUAUAAUCAUUGAGCCCUUUGAAGACAGAACUCCAACCAUCGCCAACCCUGUGCUGCACUUCAGCUGUAUGGAUCCAUCUAUAGCCAUCAAACCAGUUUUUCAAAGGUUUCAGUCUGUCGUCAUCACCUCGGGGACUCUCUCCCCACUGGACAUCUAUCCCCGAAUCCUCGACUUCCGCCCUGUUACAAUGGCAUCCUUCACCAUGACGCUGGCACGGACCUGUCUCUGUCCCCUGAUUGUUGGCAGGGGAAAUGACCAGGUGGCCCUGAGCUCAAAGUUUGAGACCAGAGAGGACUUUGCUGUGAUUCGUAACUACGGCAACCUACUUUUAGAGAUGUCUGCGAUUGUUCCUGAUGGCAUCGUGGCGUUUUUCACCAGCUACGUCUACAUGGAGAACAUAGUGGCGUCCUGGUAUGAACAGGGCAUCCUGGAGAAUAUCCAGAGAAAUAAGCUGAUCUUCAUUGAGACUCCAGAUGCUGCAGAGACGAGCAUGGCCCUGGAAAAAUACCAGGAGGCAUGUGAGAACGGCAGAGGAGCCAUCCUCCUGUCUGUGGCCAGGGGAAAGGUGUCUGAAGGAAUUGAUUUCGUGCAUCAUUUUGGCCGAGCAGUCAUCAUGUUUGGAGUGCCUUAUGUUUACACGCAGAGCCGCAUCCUGAAGGUCAGAACUAUCCCUGUUUUUCUGUCUGCAUUUUACUUGACUGUCCGAAUUAGGAAGAGCUGCGGACGGAUGGACGGAUUGAUCAAUUGA